ACACAGAGGAGCCAAGGAGACCAACAGAGUCCAGGUUAGAGAGGAGACACAGGACAAAGUCUGACAGAGGAGAAGACCAGGAGGCUAGUGAUCUGCACACAGGACUGGGAUAGUCUCCAAGAGACCCCCCUAGCUCCACCGCAGACAUCCUGACAUCUUCUACCUUGAGGGCCAGGAGCCCAGCCCAAUGCAGGCAGCUUGGCUCUUGGGAGCCCUGGUGGUUCCCCAGCUCUUGGGUUUUGGCCAUGGAGCCCGGGGUGCUGAGAGGGAAUGGGAGGGAGGCUGGGGGGGUGCCCUGGAAGAGGAGCGGGAACGUGAAGCUCUGAUGCUGAAGCACUUGCAGGAAGCCCUAGGGCUGCCUGCUGGAACAGGGGAUGAGAAUCUUGCUGGAAAUUCUGAAGGUGAAGAGGUCUGGGGGAUAGAGAAGACUCUGGGGGAGGAAGAAAAGGAGGAACCAACCACAGCCCCUUCCUCCAGCCCCAGCCCCUCCCCCACCGCUGAGGACACCAUCACUUAUAUCUUGGGGCGCCUGGCCGGCCUGGAUGCAGGUCUGCACCAGUUACACGUACGUCUGCACGCAUUGGACAACCGCGUGGUCGAGCUGACCCAGGGGCUGCGGCAGUUACGGGAGAAAACGGGAGACACGCGCGACACCGUGCAAGCCCUGCAGGAGGCCCAGGGCCGUGCAGAGCGGGAACACGGCCGCUUGGAGGGCUGCCUGAAAGGGUUGCGCCUGGGUCACAAGUGCUUCCUGCUCUCGCGAGACUUCGAGACGCAGGCAGCGGCGCAGGCGCGGUGUCUGGCUCGGGGCGGAAGCCUGGCGCAGCCCGCGGACCGCCAGCAGAUGGAGGCUCUCGGUCGCUACCUGCGCGCGGCGCUCGCUCCCUACAACUGGCCGGUGUGGCUGGGCGUGCACGACCGGCGCUCCGAAGGUCUCUACCUGUUUGAGAACGGCCAGCGCGUGUCCUUCUUCGCCUGGCACCGCGCACCCAGCCCGGAGCCGGGCGCCCAGUCCAGCGCUGCAACACACCCACUCAGUCCGGAUCAGCCCAACGGCGGCGCGCUGGAGAACUGCGUGGCGCAGGCCUCGGACGAUGGCUCCUGGUGGGACCACGACUGCGAGCGGCGCCUCUACUUCGUCUGCGAGUUCCCUUUCUAGCGGGCUGCGCCCCACACCUGUGUUUGCACCGUCCCGGGACUCCUUUCGUGCCUCUGUCCUUGAAUCUGCCAGCUCCACAAUAGGCCCGGCGCCAAUAAAUCCUUUUGGAAUCCA